AUCAUCAGCAUAAAUGCGACGUCGGGCCUGGCAUGGCCUGGCCUGGUCGCAAGUGCAUUUUCCGCCUCCGUUCAGUUCUGUUUCAGUUUCGAGUCCGUGCAGUCGGAGCCCUGUCGAGCCAGAGAGCCGAGUGCAGUUUUGCCUUAGAUAAAAACUAGAAUCCGAAAUAGGGAAAAAUAUAUACAAAACCAAAUAGUGUAGCUCCAAAAGUUGUGUCUGCAUCUGCAUCUGCAUCUGUGUCCGUGUCCGCGUGUGUGCAUUUCCUUAGCCCAGUGCCAGUGCCCCCAUCGACAUCGCCAUCGCCGUCGCCGCAGCAUAGAUACCUACAUUUCGGUGGGUGGGAGCACAGAGUGGGAGACAGGAGACGGCAGGAGACGACUGGAGAGAGAGCGAGAGCUGGAAAAGUGAAAACGUGAAAAAGCAUUGCCACAGAACGUAGUCAGUAGACGGACAACGGAACCAUGUCGACCCUACCCUUCCUGCUGAGCGUCGCCGACGAGCUGGACAACAUCCACACGCAGUCCUACAUGGACGACUUUGGCCUGGGAUUCCAUCCGCAUCGCCAGUACUACCGCACGCCGACCAUCCAGCUCUCGCUGCCGGCCAGCGCGGACUGGACUGGACGCGGCGCCGGCUGGGACCAGGGCAGGCACAGUCGCUACAGGAGCUACAAGUUCUACGACGAGUCGCAAAACAACCUCGAGGAGGAGGAGCAGCACGAGGAGGAGUACCAGCAGCACCACCAGCACGAGCCCCACGAGCAGCACGAGCACCAGGAAUUGCCAGAGAGCGUACAGCUCCAUCCAGAGACCUCCUCUUCCGUCGUCUGCAAGGGCCAAGAGCAGGUGCCAGUCAGUCAGUCAGCUACUGCCAGAAAGGGCCUGGGCAUGGUCAUCUCCAAGUCCCACGAUGUGGGUGUGGGCGGCCUGGGGCUCAACCUGAAGGCCGGCGAGGAGGAGGACGACGAGAACAUCGAUCGGACCGUUCGCAUGUACAACCUGUCCAAGAAGUGCUGCAAGAACUACUACCGCCACGCCCUGGAGACCGGGCCAGGGGCCAGCGGGCGGAUCAAGUGCAGCAACCUGCGCUCGGAGAGCCACCACUCGAGCUCCAGCUCGGAGGAGAGCCUCCAGAAGAUGCCCUCGCCCAUAGAGUUCCUCACGUGCUUCUUGGUCAAAAAGUCCCGGACCCCCAAGUGCGGACACUCCUCCGGGCACUCUGGACAGCUGAAGAAAACAUAGAACACGGCCCCCCGGUUGCUGCCACCCCCGCUCUCGGCCAGAACCUCGACUCUGACAUCAUCAACCAGUAUGACCAUGGCCAGUAUGGCCACGGGUAGCGGCAGUGGCAGUGGCAUGGGCACGGGAACGGGAACCGGCACAGGCACGGCCACGACGACAACGAAGCGGCGUAGCCAGUGCUUUUGAAUGUGGGCCGGAGUCGGUGUCGUGUUUGGCCAGGCCUGGAGCUGGCUGCAGCGCUGCGGGGAGCUGCCCAGCUCGGAGCCCACAUCGCUGCCAGUCACGCGGCUGGGCAGGAUCGGCUACUAGGCGCACAACCAGCAACCGACAACCGACAACCGACUCGAGGCAAAGCUUAAGGGAACUUCAAGCGUACGAUGAGCACGGAAUUUUAAUUGGUUUUUAUAUGGAGUCGGGGCAUUCUGGGCACUGGACACUGGGCAUUGGGUACUGGGAGAAGGAAGGGAAGCAAGGGUUCCAUGGAAAGUAGGACUGAUAUAUGCAUUAUAUCUGGUAGCUGGAAGCUCUCUUCCCCCAGUGCUGAACCAGUCCUGGCCCCAACGAAAUAGCAAGCAAAUACAGGCCAAAAGUAAAUCGAAGCUUACAGCACUUGAAAUAUUUCCAAAACCUAUACGAGUAGGUACAAUAUAUAGUAUAUAUAUUAAAUAUAGGAGCUAAACUAUAAAACCAACACCGAUCAAUUUUUUGCAAACCAAGACAACACACACACAGAAUUUUUUAAACCCAGAUUUAUACGAGUACCAGGGAGAAACGAAACCGAAACCGAAACCAAAACCGAAACCAAAACCAAACAUACAAUUUGUUAAGCAAACAUUUUUAUACGGAUUUUUUGAUACCAAGCAAGAGAUAUAACUUAUAUACGGAUAUUACAAAAGAAAACAUUAACUUAGAACAGAGUUUAGGGCCAAGAGCUGGGAGACAGACAGUGGGGCUGAGCUUGAAGUUGAUUGGAAGGGAAACCCAUUUUGAUUACAGAUUACGGAUUACCGAAAGUGUUUGUCCUUCUUUGAAUACGAGUAUUCCCUGUGAAUAUUUAUGGUGCAUUUUUUUUUGGGUAGGUUUUAGUUCAGCUUCAAGUUUUCUACAAUUUUUAUACAAGCUGUUGGCUUUUGAAAGCAAAAAUAAAACAAAGCUGGUCUCGCGCACACACACAAAUACCAAUGCCAACACACAAACAAACACAGGAGGAGGAAAGUUAGUUUUAGUUUUUCCCAGUAUUUCCCAGAGUGAAAUGAAAAUGAAACACACACACACAGCGAAAAAGAGAAAUGUUGCAGCAAAGCUUGGAAAACUUUUCCACAAUGUCGGAGAGUGUUUGGGGCUAGAGCUAAAGGGAGAGCGAUAUGGGUAGGGGUAGGGGAAUGUGUUGGGGUAGGGGUAGGGAUCGGGGGAGGUUCUAUGGAAAGUGAAACAUGUUUUCAAUUUCCUUCAUUUUUUUUAUUUUUUUUUUGGAAGGGGGACUGUAAACAAGUCAAUGGCAAACUACUACUAAGGACAACACACACACACACAGACAGAGAGGACCUUGGUCCCAAUUUCAAAUUAGUGAAAAGAACAAAAAUACACCAAAAAAAAACACAGGAAAAAACUGAAAAACCCAAAAAGAAAAGGGAGAAGUUGCAAGUUUUUUAAGAGAAAUGUUGGGGGAGGGAAACUUUGUUAGGGCUUGAAGCUGGAACACAGAAUAUAUCAGAUAUACAUAUACAUAUAGUAUAUAUUUAUAGUUUUGUAGUCAGAUAUUCUCCAAACAAACAACAAAUAUUUGUGUGUUCUAAAUGUAUUCGAUAUGUUGCAAGAAAACAAAAUGUAUUUCAUUCAAAAUUGACGACUACGAGUAUUUACAACUAAUAUCAAAAAGAACAGAAACAUUUUAUAGAUAUAUGUAUAUUAACGCCACACUGUUUGCACUUUUCAGAGUUUACUAUAGAACCAACCAACAACCAACAACCAACAUAAUAUACGAUACAUAUUCGAAACGAUAGUAUCUAGACGAUCUACGUAUGUAUGUAUGUGUAUCGAUCGCCAGGCACUCUCAUAGCUUUACCACAGAAACACACAGAACAACUUCAUAUCUCUCAGAUAAACGUAGUACUUAAGAGCUCCCCAACAACACUGAAAACCGAAAACCCAAAAACCGAAAACCGAAAGCCGAACGCCGAAAAGUAUUCGACAAACAAAUGUUAAUGGAAAAUUAUUACUUAGCUGUAGUAGCGUUUUGCCAGUGGCUCUUGACACACUUUUAUCUAUGUAGAUGCAAAUACAUUUGAACAUUGUUAGAGCGCCACUGUUAGGCCAACUCCUGGCAUCAUCCAUCUAACCGAAUUACUAAUCCCCAAGUACUUAACGUAUAGAUGUUCCAUGGCAUAAUUGUACGUACCUCUCGCAACAGCAUAGCAUACAAUACUUUACCGACAAGGAAAUCACUCGACGCAUAUCAUUCCAAUACAAUAGAAUUCAGCUAAAUCGUAUUCAACUUGAGAUUCAAUAAAUAAAGUAUCUACAAAACGGAAAACGAAAAA